AUGGCUGAUUCGCCCACGCGCCUCUCAAAUACACGUCGUGUGCGGACCUUCGAGGAGAGUCAACGACGGAACUCGACCCUCUCGGACUCGCUUUCAGAGGCCCGCAACUCGAUCCGCUCAUCGACCGACGACUUGUUUCUACCGCGUGUAGCAAGAGGCCAUGCCGCACUCUCAACUGAAGAAUCAAAUUGGCAUUCUGCACCGCUUGGGCUGGCCCUGCUACCUGCAAUUGCGGGCAUUUUCUUCCAUGAAGGUAGUUCCUUCGUCACCGACGUCACAUUACUAGUCUUGGCCGCGAUAUUUCUCAACUGGUCUGUCCGGUUGCCUUGGGACUGGUACCGCUCGGCCCAGGCCAUCCGUCGAGAAGAAAGUGGAUUCUCAGCGCCCGGCGAUCCCCCACACGAGCUCGACCAAGAACCCCAACCCCAACUGAAAGAAGCAGCAACAGCAAUCUCCGAGCUCCAAAUCCACGAACUCGCCGCUCUAGCCGCCUGCUUCAUAUUCCCCAUAAUUGGCACCUGGCUCCUCCACGCCAUCCGCUCAAGCCUCUCCCGACCAUCCGAGGGCCUAGUAUCAAACUACAACCUAACAAUCUUCCUCCUAGCCUCCGAAGUCCGUCCAGUCGCCCACCUCCUAAGACUAAUCCAAAAACGAACCCUCCACCUCCAACGCAUCAUAACCUCCUCAACAGACCCAGUCAUAAACCCAACAACCCUCGACGACCUAACAAAGCGCCUCGAAGAGCUAGAAGCCCACGUCGCAGAGACAGCAACCGCCCGUCUCGCGGCCCAAAACAACAUCUCUCCCAAAGAACAAGAUCAACUAGAAACAUCCUCGUCCAUCGUCGCACACGCAGCUAUCGAAACCCGUAAAUUCAUCCAACCCGAUAUCGAAGCGCUUAAUCGCGCCGUUAGGCGCUACGAGAAACGAUCCGCCCUCUUCACCCUACAGACCGAUCAGCGCUUUGCGCGUCUCGAGACCAAGGCUGCCGACGCGAUUGCGCUGGCUGCUGCGGCGCAGCGGUCGGCAGAGUCGCGCCGGCCGAAUUAUGCGCUCGUCCUGCUGGACUGGGCUUGCGCGUGCGUCGUGAUCCCUGUUCAGAUUGCGCUGUCAGUUAGUGGUUUACCUGGGCGUGCGGUCUCGGAGUGUUGGGAUGCUGCGAGCCGUAUGUUGAUGGGGCGGAAGGUUAGGCUGCAGCCGCAGCCGAGAUCGAAGUCUAAGUCUGGGUCGAAGGGGAAGACUGUGGCUGGGCCUGGGCCUGGAGGUGAGGGGACGGGAUCAUCGGGUGCGUAUCGGCAGGGUGGUGGGCUGGCGUCGCAACGGCGGUCUGGAGCGAGGAAUGGAGAUGGGUUGUGA